GACGACCCCUGACCAACCGAGGUCACGUCCGGGAGACGGGAUCAUGAAGCGCUUGGUAGCUACCUGGCUCUUGGUCGGGCUCAGCCUCGGUGUCCCCCAGUUCGGCAAAGGUGAUAUUUGUGAUCCCAAUCCAUGUGAAAAUGGAGGUAUCUGUUUGUCAGAAUUGGGUGGUGCGUCCUUUUCCUGUGAGUGUCCAGAUGGCUUCACAGAUCCCAACUGUUCUAGUGUUGUGGAGGUUGGUCCCUGUAUUCCUAAUCCAUGCCAUAAUGGAGGAACCUGUGAAAUAAGUGAAGCAUACCGAGGGGACACAUUUAUAGGCUAUGUUUGUAAAUGUCCUCGAGGAUUUAAUGGGAUUCAUUGUCAGCACAACAUAAAUGAAUGUGAAGCUGAUCCUUGCAAAAAUGGUGGAAUAUGUACAGACCUUGUUGCUAACUAUUCCUGUGAGUGCCCAGGUGAAUUUAUGGGAAGAAAUUGUCAAUACAAAUGUUCAGGCCCAUUGGGAAUUGAAGGUGGAAUCAUAUCAAAUCAGCAAAUCACAGCUUCCUCUACUCACCGAGCUCUUUUCGGACUCCAGAAAUGGUAUCCCUACUAUGCACGUCUUAAUAAGAAGGGUCUUAUAAAUGCCUGGACAGCUGCAGAAAAUGACAGAUGGCCAUGGAUUCAGGUGUUCCGUGGAAAUGUUGAUAACAACACACCGUAUGCUAACUCUUUCACACCUCCCAUAAAAGCUCAGUACGUAAGACUCUAUCCCCAGGUUUGUCGAAGGCACUGCACUUUGCGAAUGGAACUUCUGGGCUGUGAACUGUCAGGCUGUUCUGAGCCUCUGGGUAUGAAAUCAGGACAUAUACAAGAUUAUCAGAUCACUGCCUCCAGCAUCUUCAGAACGCUCAACAUGGACAUGUUCACUUGGGAACCAAGGAAAGCUCGGCUGGACAAGCAAGGCAAAGUGAAUGCCUGGACCUCUGGCCACAAUGACCAGUCGCAAUGGUUACAGGUGGAUCUUCUUGUUCCUACCAAAGUGACUGGCAUCAUUACACAAGGAGCUAAAGAUUUUGGUCAUGUACAGUUCGUUGGUUCCUACAAACUAGCUUACAGCAAUGAUGGAGAACACUGGACUGUAUACCAGGAUGAAAAGCAAAGAAAAGAUAAGGUUUUCCAGGGCAAUUUUGACAAUGACACCCACAGGAAAAACGUCAUUGACCCUCCCAUCUAUGCACGGCACAUAAGAAUCCUUCCUUGGUCCUGGUACGGGAGAAUCACAUUGCGGUCAGAGCUGCUGGGCUGCACGGAGGAGGAAUGAGGAAACUCUACAUCCCACAACCCUCUUCUCUAUUUCCCUAGAAGUAUUUCCAU